AAUAUCGUCGUGCCGUUUUGUCGUUCACGCAUACGUAUUUUUCUCUCGUUCUCGCACCGGCGGCCAUGCUCUAUUCGUUUUUGUCGGUUUCAGUGUCCGUCUAUAACUGCGUGCGAGGACACGUCGCGUGUUUACCGACAUGACGUUUUAUAUAGCACCGGAAGUGUUAAUUCCGCUUGUAGAAAAGAAGCCUGCCAUUUGGGACAAAACAACAGAUGUGUAUAAAGAUAAAGAAGCGAAACUGUCUGCGUGGAAAGAUAUUUGCUGUACUCUGGAUCCCAAUUUUGAUGCGUUAGAUGGAAGGGAUAAGAAAGAUAUUAUUAGCAGGAUAACUACAAAAUGGUCAUAUAUUCGAGAUGCUUUCAUGAGAUCGCAGAAAAAAGAAAGAAGAGUAAAACGAAGUGGUGUAUUCACGAUAACAUCAAAACCGUAUAGGUAUAAGAAUAUUUUGCAGUUCUUGAUGAAAUUGGUUGAACCUCGCGUAAAACAAGAGUCGUGUGAUUCGAUUGAGCUCGACGAUUCCAGUGACUCAAGCAGUGAAGAGGUAGAAAAUGAGCAACCACCCACUCCUCAUAAGAUUGUUAAGACUGAAACAUUAGAAGAUACGAUAACACAUUUUGUGGAUACUCAAUCAGACCCUAUUCAAGAACACCCACAAGUAACAUUUAUUAGAAGUGUUUUACCAUCUUUGGCGUCAUUUGAUGAUGAUGACAAUUUGGAAUUCCAAAUAGGUGUUUUAGCACUGAUUCAAAAAAUUAGAAAGAAACGCCGUGAAAACAUGGUGUAGGCACGGUAGGUAAGCCCCCCUAAGCACAAUUUUAAGCGGUACCUACCUAAUCAAAACAAUUUUGUUAGGUACUUAAUAAUAAGUAUGUAGGUAUACGAUUUAUACUUAAGGUAGAAUUCUGUGUAUAGGUAUUUUAAGAUCCCGUUUCAAUGGAUAAAUUGUUGUAAAAAUAUUAAGUGGUUAAUAAAUAAAUAAAGAUGUGUUUUAA